AUGUCACGCCGCCCAAAGAUUCCUUCAAGCGACAGUGACGUUUAUUCUAGUGAUGACGAAGCUCCAAAAACCAAAGUGCAAUCACCUAAAUUCAUCAAAGCCGUGAAUGGAUCAGAUUAUGACUCAGAUUAUUCUGACCAUCCACCAGUUAAAGCUACAAUUGUUAAAAAAGGAAAGAAAUUUGACACAAGCAGCUCAUCUGACGAAGAUGAAGUUCUAAAGAAACCAAAAAUUAUUCAUCAUUCAUCAGAUCAUGAAUCUUCUUCAAGUAGUGAUGAAGAGCCAGUUAAGCAACCUACAAAAGGUCCCCAGGUAUUAGAUUUAGUAUCAGAUUUUGCAAAGAAAUUAAAUUCAGAUAAAGACAAAACUUCAACAAAGCAAGAUAUUCCACAAAAACCAAAAAUGUCAGCCUUAGAUAUGCAAUUACAAAACAAUUUUGCAGUCCAGCCGCAUAAAUCCGAGUCUUCUGAAGAAGAAUCAGAAAAUAUUCAAAAACCAGAGUCAAAACCUAAAACAAUAUCAACAGCAAAUAAUGAUUACGAUUCUGAUCAAUACUCAGGAGGUGAAACUAAGCCAAAUAAACAAGAAAAUAACGAAUAUGAAUAUUAUUCCGACGAACCUCAAGAUAACAAGAAAAAAGAUGAUGAAUAUUACUAUUCUGAGUAUUACUCAGACGAAGAAACACCAACCGCUAAGAAAGUCGAAGAGGAAGAAGAAGAUCCAGAUGCAGCACCAGAAGAACUUUCUGUUGCAGCUCCUGUUGAAGAGCAACCAGUCGUAGAAAAGAAGAAUAACAAGAAGGAACCACAGAAAAAGCAAAAUGAAGAAUCUCAAAAUAUAAAUGAAUUUCGCAAGCAAAUACAUGAUCAAAUCUACAAGAAACUACAAAAGCAGUUCAACCAAAAGCUAAAUAGUGUCUUGAAACGCGAAGAAAACGUUAAAAAACGUGAAGAACAAUUAGAUAAACGCGAACAAACGCUAAACCAACGAGAAAAGGCACUUCAAAAGAAGGAAUCAUCAGAAACAAAGAAGGAAAUUGUAUUUCCAAAGCCACAAUCCGCGAAAAAGUCAAUUGAAGAUGUAGAAAAAGAUUGGCGCAAGAAGAAGCAUCAUAAAUCGAAGGAAGAGAAGACACCUAAGAAGAACAACGAAAAUACAAUGACAUUGGACCAAAAAGAAGAGAAAAAUAAGAUGACAUUGGAUGAAAGGGAAAAUGAGAUCAAUUCGCUUGAUGAUAAGGAGUCUAAGGUGGCUAUGACAUUGGACAGCAAGGAAGAACUCCUUAAAACUCCUAAAAAAGAAAUAUCAAAUUUGGAAAACAAAGAAGAAAAGCCAAAAUCAUCUCUUGAUGCACAGUUGGAGCAACUUAAGACCCCACAGCCACAGAAAACCCAAAAACAAGAAGAAAAAACAAAAUCAAAAUCAAAAGAACAAAAAACACCAACAAAGCCACAAGAACAAGAAAAGAAGCUUUCUAUUGAAGAGAAGAUGCUUGCUCUUAAGGCCGAACUGAAAGAAAAAGGAAAGAAAGCAGUUCAAGCUGCAAUUCAAGAAUCUAAAUCAGAAAAGAAGCACUUUGAACCAGAUUCCAGUGCUCCAAAGCCUCCGCCAGCCCCACCAAAGAAGCCAAAGGAGAGAAUCACUCCUGUUUCGGCAAAUAAAGAAAAACCAUAUAUUCCUAAGAUAAAACCUGAAAAGAAGACUCCAAACACAAACAAGUUUGAAAGUACCAAGAAUAAUUAUUAA